CUCCUGGUCUUGGCUCUACACGCGGGGUCAUCUCAGGGACAAGGAGAUGAGGCCAACAGCGUCCGUGCUCGGAUGAUGCGUCCUUUCCGAAAUGCUGGCACCUGCCAGCCGCCGCAGUUUGCGUGUGGCGGCAGCUCGGGGAUCUGCCUGCAGUCCUCCCAGCGCUGUGACGGCAGCGAGGACUGCCCGGACGGGUCGGACGAGCACAACUGCAAUACGUGCGACGAGACCCGGAUGUUCCGGUGCUCAAACGGCCAAUGCAUCACCAAGUUCUGGAGAUGUGACGAUGAUGUGGAUUGCUUUGACCACAGCGACGAGCAGGGAUGUCCGGUCAAUGAGGAAAGCGCCUGCUCGAGUGGCUUCUUCGAGUGUGCGUCGGGCGAGUGCGUGCCGAGGUCGUGGGUGUGUGACGGGGAGAGCGACUGCGCGGAUCACACGGACGAGAGCGCCUGCUCGUCUGCCCCCGUGACUUGUCUGCCGAACCAGUUCAGAUGCAAAACCGGUACCUGUAUAGCUGCCGCCUUCCGGUGCGAUGGAGAACUGGACUGUCCCAGUGGCGAAGACGAGGCCCACUGCAGUGAUAUCCAGUGCAGCGAUUCCCAAGACCAUUACCAGUGCAAAAGUGGUGAAUGCAUUUCCAUCCAAGCGGUUUGCGACCAACAUGAAGACUGCCGGGAUGGUAGCGACGAGGGUGGUUUUUGCUCGGAGACGUGUAAGGUUACAGACUGCAUCCACCUGUGCAAAAUGACCCCUCAGGGACCCCACUGUAUGUGCAAAGAAGGCUAUGCACGAAAUACAUCAAAUGAUUGUGUAGAUGUGAACGAGUGUGCUGCCAACGUCUCUGUCUGUGAUCACUUCUGCCAAAAUACUGUCGGCGGCUUCAAUUGCUCCUGUGCAGAGGACUAUAUGCUGCAGGCUGACAUGAAAUCUUGCAAAACUACAAUACGAGGCGAUGCUCUACUUUUCAUGGCACAAGGAAAUGACGUAAGGAUGUUGGACCUUGGCCUUACUCUGUAUUCGCAGAUCUAUGCAGGCUUUGCUCAGAGUAUAGCCAUUGCGUAUGAUCCGAUCGACGACAUGGUGUACUGGAGUACUGAUCAGGGUGUCUUCAGGAUAUCUAGAAGGGGCGGUACGAUCCCGUCUAUCGUAGUCAACGAAGGCGUGGGCAUGGUGGAAGGACUCGCAGUCGACUGGUUCGGGAGGAAUCUGUACAUGACGGACUCCGUGUGGAAACGGGUGUUGGUGUGCUCCCUCAGCGGAACCUCCUGCCACGUGCUGAUGUCUAACCUCACGCACCCAAGAGGUAUACAGCUGGACUUGGAGAACAGGUACGUGUACUGGACUGACGUUAACCGGUCGACCUUGGAGCGAGCUGGCCUGGAUGGGUCAGGUCGAACAGUCCUCAUAUCGGAGGGCGUGAGGUGGCCCAAUGGACUGUGGAUAGAUGCUCCAGCGCGGAGGAUAUACAUAGCGGAUGCUCAUACCAACGAGGUCUUUCAUGUGAACUAUAAUGGGACCGAUAAAAAGCACCUUGCGGAGGCGUCAGUGGAUCACCCGUUUGCAAUCGCGGUGUGGCAGGAGCGCCUAUACUGGAGCGACUGGGAGCACGACCACAUAAGGUCUUGUCUGAAACGCACCGGUAAACAGACGAAGCUGCUUGUCAAGGGAACCCACAACAACUUCUUUGGACUGGCUCUCUAUCACCCAGCAAUGAUGCGACUGAUCGCCAACCCCUGCUCGUUCCGCCAGUGCAGUCACCUGUGCUUGUUGUCCCCACUGGCGGUCAGUGGAUACACCUGUGCUUGUCCGGCAGAGAUGGAGCUGGCGGACGAUGGCCACACUUGUAUUGACAACCCUAAGCGCACGUACCCAUUCAUCGCCGACGGAAACAAGAUCUACAAGCUGUCGCCGCGCCUCCAUGGCCAUAGUACCUUCGGCGCUUGGACCCCCGGGGUGCCACUCAAGCGGAUUGGAGGCCUUGCGUACGAUCCCAUUCAGGACACUGUGAUUGUGAGCGACGUUUGGGGAGGGAGUAUCUACAGUGUCAACAGGGAGACAGGAGUCACGGUGCCCAUUGUACAGGGCGUAUCUCGAGCAAUUAGUGUGGCUGUCGACUGGCUGCGCAGGAACGUGUACUGGAUCGACGGCACGAAGGCGGCCGUGGAGGUGGUGCGUGAAGACGGCGCCUUCCGCACGGAGCUCCUGAAGGCGAUGCCGCACCUGACGAGCAUCACCUUGGCUCCCCUCCUCGGGUUUAUGUAUGUGAGCGACGCAAGUGCUGAGCCGUUCAUCCUACGCUGCGGUUUGGACGCCAAAUCCUGCAGCAAGAUCGUCACGGUCGACCUCGUCCAACCCUUGUCAAUUAUCUUUGAGACGAAUCCAGAUAUCAAACGCCUGUACUGGUGUGACCACGUCCUGGGACGUAUCGAGAGCGUGGCCGAAGACGGGACGGACCGACGGGUAUUUAUGGAAAACGUGAAGAGCCCCGUCUCGGUCCUGGUGACUCGUUCGCAAAUCAUGUGGUCUGAGGAACGGACUUCUCUCAUCUACUCCGCUUCCAAAUUAGAUAACAGUUCUGUGCGGAUGAUGUCUCUUGAUUUGGGCGUUCCGGAAAAUGGAGAACGUUCCCUGAAAAUUCUGGAAGUCGGGUGGAAAAUUCCCGAGCAACUUGCAACGACGAACCACCCGUGUCUGCAGAGUAACGAGAGCUGUAGUCAGUUGUGCCUUGGAGACGACUUCAACGAAAAGGUGUGCGCUUGCAGUUUCGGCUACAAACUCCAGGUGGACAGAAGAACGUGUGAAUCCGUCCAGUGUAACGACAUCCAGUUUCACUGUUUUCGAUCGCACACUUGUAUUCCUCGUUCAUGGAAAUGUGACUUGACCCCAGACUGCAAAGACGGCGAAGAUGAAGAGGACUGCAAGGAGUCACCGACGUGUAAGGAGAAAGAGUUCCGGUGCUCUACAGGUUCAUGCAUUAACAAGCUGUGGACGUGUGACGGUGUGCACGAUUGCGAGGAUGGCUCUGACGAGAAACUCGAUGAAUGCACGAAUGUGACAUGUAGCAGCGUACAUUGGAAGUGCAAGUCAGGCAUGUGCAUUCCGAAGAUGUGGGUUUGUGACCAAGAGAAAGAGUGCGACGAUGGGUCGGACGAGACUGAGUGCGUUACUUCCUGCCCUGACCAUAAAGUCGCUUGUAGAGAUGGAAAAUGUGUACCAAAGGUGUGGAAAUGUGACGGCGACAAGGACUGCCUGGACGGAAGUGACGAGGAAAAUUGUCCGGUGGAGUGUGCGAACAAUGAGUUCACCUGCAGCAACAAAAACUGUGUACCCCACGAUGCCAAGUGCGAUGGCGAGGAUGACUGUGGCGACGGCUCUGAUGAGGCACUUCCUUGGUGCCAGCCUCCGGACCCUCCUGUAACGUGCCCCAGCGGCCAGAUUUUGUGUGAACGCCACGACGUUUCGUCCCCGCGUGUCUGUAUACAACUGAAUAACGUAUGCAACGGUGUCCGGGACUGCCCCUUAGGCGAAGAUGAGGACUGUGAUAACUGCGCCCGCCACGAGUUCAGCUGCUUAUCACGUGGCUGCAUCCCAAGAGGGUGGAUGUGUGAUGGGGAAGAGGACUGCACUGACGGCUCCGACGAGAGCCAGGCUGCCGGUUGCAUGAUUGCACAAGGCAAUGACACCGUUGAUCUAAGCCUGAAUGGUAGCGAUGGUAAGGCAGCUCCAGUGCCAGUCUGUGGAAUACACGAGUUCGAGUGUGGGAUUGGCGGCUGCAUAGCGUCGCGUCUCGUGUGUGAUGGCUCGGCGGACUGUCUUGAUGGCUCUGAUGAAGGCAGCUUGUGUGCAAAAAGUUGUCUGGGUAAUGGCGGGUGCCAACACACAUGCAAAGAAGGUCCCAAAAAUCGCAUUUGCUCCUGUUGGAAGGGAUUCCAACUCGCCGAGGAUCAGAUUAGCUGCAUUGAUGUGAAGGAAUGCGACGAUGAGGCCACCUGCAGCCAAAAGUGCGAGGAAAGACAUGGCUACCACUUGUGCUCCUGUCUACCCGGGUAUACUCUUAGACCUGACAGACGCUCUUGCAAACCAGCAGGUGGCGACGAAUAUGUGGUCUUGGUGCAUCCUGGGUCCAUCCUGAAUAUGUCCCGCACCUUCCAUCUUGCUGACAAAGUGGCGAUGCCCCCUCAUGUUCAGUUUUCGUCUGUUGAGUUUGCGCCCGAGUCCCAUCAUUUCGUUUAUGCUGACAAAGCCCAUGGAGUUAUCGGGAAGAUGAGCAUGGACGGCGUAGUGACAAUACUCUUUAAGCACAGAAAGCGUCCUCAGGGUCUCUCCUUGGACCCCAUUAGCAACAGCGUUUAUUUCUCAGAACAGUUCAGUAAAGCUGAAGUUGUGGAUAAUGGCUUAACAAGAGUGCGCAGGGAGCCGAGUGCUGCUGGGACUUAUUCUGUGAUAAUGGUUUGUGGGAUGGAGGGCGACAAGGAUUGCAGCAUGGUGUACCAAUCACAUGGCGGAGAGAUCCAGGCAAUCCGUGUUGCCCCAAUGGCAAGACGACUCUUCUUCUGCGCUAACAACGUGGCGCAGGACGAAGCAAAAAUUUUCACCUCGGAUAUGGAUGGCACAUCGGCUCGAAUUCUCAGCCAUAAGGUUGUGAAGUGUGGUGACCUGGCAGUGGAUGAGGCAAAGGAGCGAGUCUACUGGACGGAUCUCUCCCGUAACGUUAUCGAGUCCGUCAAAUGGUCAGGCGAAGGCCAUCGUGUUGUACAAGAAAAUGUACACAUGCCAAUUGGACUAGCCUUGAUUGAAGACUGGGUGCUGUGGCUGGACACGCACCAGCACCAAAUAAUCAAGUGUAACAAGUACAAGAUGGGUAUGUGUGACCACCACACCAUGGGCACUGCCGGCUUAGCUUUGACUGUUCAGCAUCGUUUAAGAAUGGAGAGUCCAUUGAUUGGAGACUGCAGAGUAAAGAACUGCACUCACCACUGCAUGAUUCAAAUGGGCAAAAAGGCCAGCUGUAUGUGCAAAGUUGGCUACAUCUCUGCACCCAGCCGUCCUAACGAGUGUAUCAGGAUGAAAUCCUGCGACCACAGCCCGUGUCAAGGCAAAGGUAUAUGCGAGUCGCACUCCGACUCAGAGUUCAUUUGCAGGUGUCCUGAAGACCGUGAAGGGUCCCUGUGCGAGGUGGCCAAGACGCCCAGCGACCUUAGGCGUGUGCCUCUUCCUCCUCUUCUUCGGUGCCCUCCUCUUUGGGCUUUAUUGGUAUCGAAAGCAACCUUUCCCCUUUUGGAAGGGAAAAGGAGGGCAACUUCGCAAGAGAUGCUUCAAAGCCAAUCAGACCCUACGCUUCGCCAACCCAGGUUUUGGCAUCAUUUCCCCCACCACUGUGCCCAACGGAAAUGCGACGUCCAGCACCAACAGCAACACCAUCCCCUCAACCCCGCCUGUCUUGCGAGGUUCUCACAACUUCGAAAACCCUUUCUUUAAAACUGAUGAGCACGUGCCGGACACGAGUGCGGACUCGGCCAUAGUGAGCACAGCCGACUCGACCUCCAUCAACAUCGCUCCUCAUCAGGUGGAUCUGACCACGCCACAGAACGUACUGAAGCCACCGGUAGAGAAGAGGGUCGAGUGGGAUCUCUCUCCUUUCCAGCCUUUGCAGCCUCCGGUGUGAGGCAGUGCAUUGGAAUAGAUCUAUUGAUUUAGAUGCACUUCUUAUAAUUGUUAUGUUUAAUGUUAUAGCCUAAUA